AUGCUUGAUGUGACCGAUGCAGUUGUUUCAGCCGUCGUCGCACAAAAAGUUGGCCUACGUGCAGAUGAGCUAGAAGCCAUCAACACAGGAACCGACAGUGGGAAUGGGCAUGGAACUCACGGAUUUGCUACAGAUCUCAACAUACCCACUGCCUCUGCAAACUCCGACCUGGGAAGCCUAUGA